CGUGCCUAUACACAGACCCGCCCACAAUUUGAAUUUGGCAUAGCCUUUUCCGUGCCUAAACCGUCGCAAGGGGCCCCUUCUAAAAAAACUGGAACGUAUUUGUCUGGGAUAACGUUGUGCCUAUACACAGACCCGCCCACAAUUUGAAUUUGGCACGGCUGAUUCCGUGCCUAAAUCGUCGCAAGGGGUCUCUGACAGUCAACGCCUGACAUGUCUGGACGUUCAGACUGCCAGACACUUUGGAACGGAUAAAUCGCUGCCAUAAUCUAGCCAAAUAGUCCUUUGCCAUCUAAAAUUUGAAUUUCGAGGCUUUGGCACAGAAUUUGGAUGCAUUCAUGGUCGUGACAACAGCGAAAACUGAACAACCGUUUUCGUUCAAAGCUUGAGACGGAUAUUGGUUCAACAAAUAUCUGUUCCAACAACGAGAAAUCAUUCGAGUAUUCUGGAAACCCAGUUAACUCAGUUUAUUCCGUCCCAAGUCCGUGCCAAAACCAAAAAUAUUUAAACCUAAACUGACUUUCCCAUCCGUACUUCACACUAUCCCCCUUCGACACCCUAACCCUCCGCCGCUGCACUACACCCUCCACCGCCGCACUACACCCUCCACCGCCGCACUACACCCUCCACCGCCACACUACACACCCUCCUCCGCCACACUACACACUCUCUACCGCCACACGUAUACCCUCCUCCGUGCAAAGGUCAACUUCGGCUCGGACAGUUCUUCUACAGCACCCUCCUCCGCCAUACGUGUACCCUCCAAGUCCAGAGCACCAGCCAAUUAUUUUCAGCCAGAACUCUCCCAAUACCGAACUUGAACUUGAAUCAGUCCACUCCAGAGCUGGAAGUGAACCAUCAAUUGGAGUGAAUGAUGACAUCCCUUCCCAAUCUCAUACAAAAACAUGGAUAACUUUCCUGGAAAUGAGAAGCAAGCCUUCUAUUCUGGACACUAUCAUAGGUAUUCUAACGACAAACUAUCACGGCCCUUGGUAUUCUUUCAAGCACGCUGAUGAGUCCCAACGUGAGCGUUGGUGGACUCUGUUUCAGAACAAAUAUGAAUGGGAUCCCUACAUCCACAAAAGAAUAAAGAAGCGGUUUGAAUCCCGUGCCUCAUCGUGGUUGAGUAAAAAUCUUGGGAGAGCUAGACGCAAAGAUGAGAAGCCAGAAUGGAUUUCAAAGGAGCAUUGGGCUGUUCUUAAGGAGUAUUGGGGUUCUGAUGAAUUUAAGAAGAAAAGUGUAGCAGGGAAAAAGAAUCGUAGCACUGAGGCAGCAAGGGGUUCGCAAUUUCGUGGAGGUCGGAUUCCGGUGACCACACAUGUUCAAAGAAUGACUGAAUCUUUGAAGAGAACGCCUUUAAAGAUUGAGGUUUUUGAGAAGGUGUAUGUGCCCAAGGCUGGCGAUCCUCCUCCAAGAGUUAUUGAAACGAGGUAAAAUGAUCUGAAGGCCCAAGCAGAAUGUGAGGGGAAGUCCUUUGACAAUGAUGAUACGGAGUUGUUUUGCAAGGCCGUGCCGGAGUACAAGGGGCAACGAUUUGGGACGGGUUCCGAGGCAGAGGUGCUGUCGGGCAGCAUGGAUUGCACAAGCCGAAUCACGGGACCGAGCCAAGAAGUGAUUGAUGCCCGCAUUCAGGAGCAGGUUGAUGCCCGAUUUUCCCAGCAGCAGCAGAUUUGGCAAACCCAGAUGGCCAACAUGAUGAAUACGUUCAUGUCGUAUUUGGAGCAGGUCCGGAGCAUCAACCCGAGUGUCCCGCUGCCUGAGUUCUCUGGUUUCCGAACACCGACCCCCCACGGAAUUAAAAGCCUUCUGAACGGCUCUAAUGACGUGCCCAUGGAUGAUCUUUUUGAUGCUGUGAACUGAACACUCCCAAACUUGAACAAUUUUUUUAUUGUAAUUUCUUUUAAUGGCUUUUUUAGCCAUUUGCUUGGACUGCUUAAUUACUAUUUUCUUUCAACUGCUAUUUUCUUUCAACUGCUUAUUAAUCUUAGUUUUUUUUAUGUUAUGCUUGUGGUUGUGAAUUGUGAAUAUUGUUGUGAAUUGUGAAUAUUGUGCAUGUAUGUGGUGUUGCAUAUGUGAAUUUUGAAUUGUUAUGUAUGGUCAAAAAGAUUACAUUUCUG